AUGCCGCCCUGCAAGCACUCCAGCUGGCUCGGCGCCAAGCGUGUCCAAGGGGAACCAACCCUGAUAGAGACAGACAGGCUGAGCGCCUUGCUUAGUCUCCUACACAACCUAGAUACUCAGUAUCCAAUUUUCUUAGUCACCAUCGGUGAUUCAGAGAAGGGGGCGGCGCUGCGAACGCUGUUUGGCUUCAAAGCCUCGUCCAAGGGCAGACGCAGCAUCGACAGUAUACAUCUAUACUUGGACUCAUCAACCACGUUUACCGAACGGCCCUGGAUUGUGGCAGAGGGAAGAUCUCUCCAACUGAUCCCGCACACAACCCAAACAGAGGCGGCAGGCCGUCCAUGCCAUCGCACAAACGUGCGGUCACUCCGACCUUGUGACGACCACAUCGCGACCGAUGUCUACGCACGGCUGUUACGGCAGUUCACAAAUGUUAUCUGUAUCUUUGCAUCCGAUCUCGGUGGACUGACCAAGACAGCUCGAGAGGUGGUGCGAUGGAUGGAGCGUUGCCAACCAGCAGCACAUCCAGACGGUCCUUGGCCAGCCCUCGUGGUGGUGACGGAACGGCCCAAUGCUAAAAAUGCCAAGCGUGAUUUCCUUAGCCUUGUCCGCCAGCAAACAUCCGUCGACAUCCACAAGUGUAUAUCCAACCUCGAAUUCGUCACGCUUCUACCACGUGGUACAAUCUCACCUCAAGCUCGCUUCCGGCGCCUGAAGGAGCUCCUGCAGGAGCAGUCGCGUGCAACUGCUCAUCAGCGUGCCGAUCGCGGAUGCCUAUACUCGGCGAGACACUUCUCCACUCUCCUAAACUCUGCCGUCGCCCACUUUGCUGAAUCGUCCGCAGAGCCGCUCGAUUGCGUUAUCGCGUCGCGGGCUACUCGUCCGGUACCCAGUGACCUUGGCCAACACUUGGCUAACGUGUUUGCUCUACUCACAUCCACAUCACAGUUAGCCGAGUUCGCUGUGCCAAUGCUAGCAUCAUGUCUCUUUCUCGACAGCUACCCACCGGACUCGCAUUGUUUUGAACCGAGUGAGGUUUUCUCGAAGCUCUAUGCUCGAGCUUUCGAUGGAGUUUGCCCGGACAGUCGCGUAAUUGCCUUUUCCGAUUCCGCUGACGUGCUACUACGCACUGGCCUCCUUCAGAUGCUACAACAGCAUUUUCAACGAUACUUCGCGGAGCACACUCAGCCAGACGGAUUGUCCGCAGUUGCGAUUCAUCAGAGAAACCUAAAGCGAUUCUGCGGUCGGUGGGGGGCCCUACGAAGCGAACGUACCUGCCUCAGCUGUACACUACGCACUCCGCAGUAUGCACUCGAGUGCAGCCAUAUGUUGUGCGAAAACUGCGUCGUUAUACACGGCGAACAAGAGCAGCACCAUCCAUAUCUAUAUCGUGUUUGUGUGUGUCCUCUUUGCCACAUGGGAAUGCAGCGGGAGAUCCGAGUUCGUGUGCAUCCACCGACGGCAGGCGUUAGUAUCCUUUGCAUUGACGGCGGAGGCACGAGAGGCAUCGUACCGUUGACGAUCAUGCAACGCAUCCAGGACUGUAUCGACCUCCCAAUCCCUUUCCAGCAAUAUUUCAAGCUCGCGUUCGGUGUGAGCUCCGGAGGGCUAAUCAUCAUGAACAUGUUUUUCAACGGCUCAACUAUUGAGGAGUCCACUCAGCUGUUUAAGCAGAUGGCGGUUGCCAUCUUCAACCCGCGUAAAAGCUGGGGUCUGCCGGUACUUUCGCGUUUCUGGCGGUCCGUCAUGACAAUCUUCGCCGAUGGGCUGUAUCCGGUAAAAGACAUCGAGAGUGUGCUGAAGAAGGUCUUUCAUCCAGGGCAAAGUAUCCUAGGCGCAUCCUUUGCGACAGCUGCAGGGACCAGGAUAGGUCUGCCAGUGGCAACAGUGCACACACAUCCAGCGUGUCGUAUCUUCACGAACUACAACGGGGUUGGUGCGAGGCUUGCGAGUCCAACAGGUGAGCCCACCAUUCGGGCGGAAGAUGGAUUUGGGAAGGUGCCGCAAUGGGAAGUCGCUCGUGCCAUCUCUGCCGCCCCAGGAUUCUUCCCAGCUGCCCACAUCGACCAAGUCGGGACGUUCCAAGAUGCCGGGCCGCUCGAGAACAACCCCAUUAGCCAGGCGCUGUCGGAGAUGCGCGCGCUGUUUCCGUACGUCGCGGAGCCAGACAUGGUCUUGUCACUAGGUACGGGCGAGCCAGCACCAGCAGCAUACGAGGCCGACAAGCAGGACCGCCGUAGCCUGCGCAAGUCUGGCAUGUUCACGAGGGCUCGCGAUCUCCUUCUGGAGAAGAUGCGUGACGGAACUGUGAGACGUGUAUUGAACGGCAUCCGCUCCGCGACCCAGACUGCGCAACGCAUCCAUCGCCUUAAUGUUCAUUUCGAAGGGUCGGAGCCGCGGCUUGACGAUACCGCUAUGAUACCUUCGCUCGCGUCCCUGGCUGCAGGUGAUGUGAGAAUCUCGGGCGGCGUUGAGGCUGUGGCCCACGCCGCAGUCGCGUCACUCUUCUAUUUUGAGCUAGACAGAAUGCCGCAAGGACCAGGGGAAUCUCUAGAGGUCGCCGGCAGCAUACGCUGCGUCUUGGGCCCGGCCGACGAUGGUUUUGAUGCGCUGAUAAGGCGGCUCGCAGAGGGCAAGGCAUGCUUUAUGGUGGAUGUGCGGCCUCUUCCCGGUGUGGUUGGCGACCGAUCCUUCGCCGACGCUAGUGGAAGAUUCUGCAAAAGAAUCGAAUUCGUGUCGCGUGGACAGUUCACAUUGUGGCUCAAGUUGGAUGAUGCGACAACUCACAUCAGUGGCUCGCCCUUUUCGAUUGACCGACUCAUCAAAGCCCAAGGCCUGGACGCGCAAUUUGGACGCGCUGAUCACCAAAAGAGGAAAGCAUCAUUUGACCAUAAUAAUGUUGGGCGACGCAAGAAGCAGAGAAUUAGUUAG